AUGGCCACUAAGCAAUUACUGAGACGUCAAAUCAAAAGGGUAAUAAAUGCUCUUGACUACGAUAUUAUCGCUGCAGAGUCGCAUACUAUUUCUCAAGCAGUACGCUCAUUGAUCGCUUCCGCCAAUUCUAGGCGUGUAGCGUGUUAUAUGAGCAUGGAUAAAGGAGAAGUAACGACUGGAGAAAUCAUUAAGAAUUUAUUUCAAGAUGGCCAGGAGGUCUUUCUGCCAAGAUGUACUCAUACUUCUGAAUCGAAACACUUCAAAUUACGGGAAGAUCAUCAUCCACAUUUAAUAUUCCAUCGAAUGAGUAGUUUGAAAAUGGUUCGUGAUUUGAAGCCUCAAGGUCCAUAUCAACUAAAAGAGCCUGAACCGCAUAUUGAGGAAUCAGAUAUUCUAGAUGUCGUAUUGGUGCCUGGAGUGGCGUUUGAUAUUAAAACUGGUGCAAGGAUGGGUCACGGUGCUGGGUAUUAUGACGAUUUUUUCCAACGGUAUAAGAUACUGCAUGAAGGCCAAAAGCCCCUCCUAGUUGGACUAUGUCUUAUGGAACAGGUGGCCUCUCCAAUUCCUUUAGAAAAACAUGAUUAUUCCAUGGAUUGUAUAGUAUGCGGAGAUGGAUCCAUACAUUGGUUUCAAUAA